AUGAGGGUGAUGAUCGCAGCGUUCAUCCUGCUAUUUUUAGUUGCAUUUACAAACUACCUGAUGAUAUUCUUCAGCUGUCAUGGACUGAAAGAAUACGGUGCUUGGUUGAACAAGUAUCACAGAAUCGAUCUUUGGUGCAUCCGUAUACUGGUUCAGAAUGGUAUAGCAGUAUACACCACGUGGACGAGUAUUGCUUCUCUGAUUAACUUUACCAUAACGUUGAGCUACGAUGCUGGAAUGAAUAAAACAGAUGCAGCGACUCUUGCACUUUCACUGCUGUUGGUGGCUGUUAUUGCUUGGUUUGUUCUAGAAAACACUUUGCUGGACAGACAUGUACGUUACAUCCUGACCAUCUACCCCGUCAUUAUCGUCGCCCUGUCUGGCGGUAUGACAAAGAACUUUGAUGCUUCUGCUCCUGCACUCAAUUCUGUCUUCACCGCUGUGCUGCUUGCAAUUGCCUGUGUGCUGCUGGUAGUGAAGGUGUGUUUGGUCAUCUGGAGGCAUUUAAAACAGCCAAUCUAUGGAGAUACGAUCACACCGGGCAUGAUGUUACCCAUGGAGAUUGCUGAAAAACAGAAAAGGAUCCUAAUGUGAAGCUGGCUGUCUGUGUUUAAUGGAAUCAAGGUGGUAACUGCAGUGCAGUUGAGUAAGAACUGCAAAAAUGUACACAUUUUAUAAACAUUUUUUAUAGUAAAAGUUUAUUUACCAGCUGGACAAGAAAAGUGG